UUUGCUGUGUCUUUCCGCCAUUUUAAAAAUGGGCACUUUUUGAAGAACCCGCAUCAAAGUAUUGUGGAGAAGCGUCGUGUUAAAUCUAAUUGAUGAACGGCUUUUUGUGAGGUAUGUGUUGCAGCUGCGAAGACGAACGUAUGUUCUCCUGCUAGGUUACAGCUGGUAGGAAGUUCUGACGAGGACAGCUGAAUGAUGUUGUUGGUGAGCUUGGAUUAAAUCAUCUCUAAAAAAAGAACUUGUCCUCGUGGUGACUGACUUGGGGAGUGGAGGUCAGUGAGCCCAUUGUCUCUGCUGGUCCGACUCCAACUACAAAGCCGGCCCGCUCGCCCCCUCCUGAGUCUGAGAGGAGAUCCAGAGAGAAAGAAGUGAAAGCAGGCCCAAACCUGAGCACAUGGAUGACAUCAACCAAAAACAUCCAGCACCAGCAAGUAAAGAUGAGCCAGCGGCGAUCCCUGUGGAAAAGACUUUUCCUGCUAUGAAGCAGCCCAGAAGACGCAAGCGCGCCAACAGGGAGGACAGAAGCUUGAGCUGUGAUCAGUGUGGAAAGGCUUUUACUCGGAGUAGCAACUUAAAAACACAUCAGCUCAUCCACAGUGGAGAGAAACCAUUCAGCUGCGAUCUGUGUGAGAAGACCUUUACUAAGAGAUGGAACUUAAAAACACAUCAGCUGAUCCACAGUGGAGAGAAACCAUUCAGCUGCGAUCUGUGUGAGAAGACCUUUGCUCUGAGAUGGAGCUUAAAAUCACAUCAGCUGAUCCACAGUGAAGUUAAACCAUUCAGCUGUGAUCAGUGUGGGAAGACCUUUACUCAGAGAUGCAGCUUAAAAACACAUCAGCUAAUCCACACCGGUGUGAAACCAUUCAGUUGUGAUCAGUGUGGAAAAACCUUUACUCUAAGAUGCAGCUUAAAAAAACAUCAGCUAAUCCACACCGGUGUGAAACCAUUCAGCUGUGAUCAGUGUGGAAAAACCUUUACUCAGAUUUUUCACUUGAAAUCACAUCAGCUGAUCCACACCGGUGUGAAACCAUUCAGUUGUGAUCAGUGUGGAAAAACCUUUACUCUAAGAUGCAGCUUAAAAAAACAUCAGCUAAUCCACACCGGUGUGAAACCAUUCAGCUGUGAUCAGUGUGGAAAAACCUUUACUCAGAUUUUUCACUUGAAAUCACAUCAGCUGAUCCACACCGGUGUGAAACCAUUCAGCUGUGAUCAGUGUGGAAAAACCUUUACUCAGAUUUUUCACUUGAAAUCACAUCAGCUGAGCCACACCGGUUUGAAACCAUUCAGCUGUGAUCAGUGUGGAAAGACCUUUACUCAGAGAUCCAACUUAAAAGCACAUCAGCUGAUCCACACCGGUGUGAAACCAUUCAGCUGCGAUCUGUGUGGGAUGUCUUUUACUCAGAAAGGUCACUUAAAAUCACAUCAGCUGAUCCACACCGGUGUGAAACCAUUCAGCUGUGAUCAAUGUGGAAAGACCUUUACUCAGAGAUGCACCUUAAAACAACAUCAAGUCGUCCACACGAAAUUUAAAGCUUUCAACUGUGAUCUGUGUGGGAUUUCUUUUACUAGGAAAGCUUACUUUAAAUCACAUCAGCUGAUCCACACCGGUGUGAAACCAUUCAGCUGUGAUCAGUGUGAAAAGAGCUAUACUCUGAAAGGUCAUUUAAAGGCACAUCAGCUGAUCCACACCGGUGUGAAACCAUUCACCUGUGGUGAGUGCGGAAAGUCUUUUAUUAAGAAUUACCGCUUAAAAGCACAUCAGCUCAUCCACAGUGAAGUUAAACCAUUCAGCUGUGAUCAGUGUGGAAAGACCUUUACUCAGAAAGGUGACUUAAAGAGACAUUAUAUGAUCCAUGUUGGAGGUAAAUCAUUUGUCUGUGAUCAGUGUGGAAAGUCUUUUCAGGAUAGAGAUCACUUAGAGAGACAUCAGGGCGUCCACAGUGAAGUUAAACCUUUCAGCUCUUAUCUGUGUGGAAAUUCUUUUACUGGGAUUAGUAGGUUAAAAAUGCAUCAGCUCAUCCACUCUGGAGUUAAAUCAUUUGUAUGUGGUGACUGUGGAAAGGCUUUUACUCGUAUGACUGGCUUAAAAUCACAUCAGCGCACCCACUCUGGAGUUAAAUCAUUUGUAUGUGGUGACUGUGGAAAGGCUUUUACUCGUAUGACUGGCUUAAAAUCACAUCAGCGCACCCACUGUGGAGUUAAAUCAUUUGUAUGUGAUCAGUGUGGAAAGUCUUUCAUCCAUUACAAAAGUCUAUUGAGCCAUCAAAAGACCCACAAAGUGUCCUCCUGUGAGAAAAGUGGCAGACCAAUGGGACAUUACCCUGACAGGGUUCAUUUGAACACAGUGGGAGAAACGGGGGUUCUGAACAAAAGUUCUUCUGGAUGCUGCGUCAAACUUAAAAAGCUUGAGAUCAGGCUUCACAGAAUUCAGCUUUAAUUUCCUGAGAAAGUCAGAGCUUCACUGUCUUUGUAGAUCUAGUGAAAACAUGAAAGGGUGCAAAAAGAGGCACUGUGGUACUGCAUGAUGAAGUCAGAAGUGACAGAGAAGUAUGUGAGCGUGGUUCAGGACAUGUUUGUGUGGUAGCAGUGACUACCACACAUACUUGGGUUGAAGGUGGGGGCAGGAUUACAUCAAUUCUGAGCCCCUUCUUCCUUUUUCAAAGAGAGGGCAAUACUCAGGAAAGGAUGAUGACAAUAGAGCUGCAAGACAGGAUGGAAAGAAAAAGAGUUUAAGAGAAGAUCAUGAAUGUUGUGAAGUGAUCGAGCCGCGAUUACAAAAUCUUAGCUUAUGGAGUUAGUUAUCCCAACACAAGUUUAGCAAGUUACACUUCACUGGCUGUGUCCACAAACAGCAUGCAGAGCAAACAUUACUCCCAUCAUCUGAUCACAAGAAAAGCAAAAUGUCAGAAGAGUUCACCUUCUGGGUCAAACUGUCAGACCUGUUACUGUUUAUUUGGCUGUUCAUUGUGAGGUAAUUAUCAGUGUCAGUGCUGCGCCACUUCUGUUGUAACUCACAGGAAAUGUGUUUUAAAUGGGCUCUAUUGUCUUACAAUAUUGUGUGAGUCUGUUUUGCUCCAGAAGGACACAACCAUUCCUGCAAUUUUUAAUGUUACAGUAAAAAAAAAGUAAAUUCAUAAAUUUGUGUCAUUUUAAACAGGCAGUAUGUGGAAAAUUACACGUGGGUAAGAAUAUAUUUAAUGUUUUCAGUGGUCUGUUUUCUUACAGGAUGUGAGUGUGUUUUGCUCCAUGAAGACACAAACCUUCAUUUUUUGUUAUGUUGCAGUAAAAAUAUUUUUAUUGUAAGUCAUAUAUUUUCGUCAUUUUAUCCAGGCAGUAUGUAAAAGAUUAACUGAAUCAUAUGAAAAAUAAAAUGUAGAAAGAUG